CUUAGUCACCAGUCCUUGACAAGAAUGUUUCUCCGUAAAGGUUGUCUACUUGUGGCUAGUUGUAACUCAAAAGUAAUUCUUCAGAAUGCUGCAUUUUCUACAUCUUACAAGGCCAGUAAAAGUUAUCAACUGGUGGUGGUGGGUGGUGGUGCUGGGGGCUGUACUAUGGCUGCCAAGUUCUCUUCCAAACUUGGAAAGGGAAAAGUGGCUGUAAUUGAACCUGCUGAUAUGCACUACUACCAACCCAUGUGGACGCUUGUAGGCGGAGGAAUGAAGAAACUAGAAGACUCGGGGAAACCAAUGAGUAAGGUACUACCCAAGAAAGCUGACUGGAUCAAACAGUGUGUCGUAAGCUUUGACCCAAAGAACAACAAAGUUAUGACAGAUGAUGGUCAGGAAGUUAGCUAUGAAUAUUUAGUCAUUGCUCUGGGUCUUCAGCUCAACUAUAAUCAGAUUAAAGGUCUGCCAGAUGCAUUUUCAACACCAGGUGUAUGUUCAAACUACUCUCCAUUAUAUGUCAAGAACACCUUGAAAAGCCUAGAGAACUUUUCUGAAGGUAACGCUGUCUUUACUUUUCCUGCAACACCAGUAAAAUGUGCUGGAGCUCCCCAGAAAGUCAUGUACAUAUCAGAUGAAUAUUUUCGCAAGCAUGGCAAGCGGGACAAGGCGAAUAUAAUUUACAACACUUCCCUGCCAGUUAUCUUUGGCGUCAAAAAGUAUGCCGAUGCACUAUGGGAGGUUGUGAAGGAAAGAAACAUAAAGGUGAACCUUCGCCAGAACCUUAUUGAAGUAAAGCCAGACUCUAAAGAAGCAGUUUUUCAGAAUCUAGACAAACCAGAAGAAUUAUUGUUUUCACAGUAUGAAAUGCUUCACGUGACGCCACCAAUGAGCACUCCGGAUGUCCUCCGUAAUUGUGGUCUCCUGGUAGAUGCUACUGGUUUCCUUAAUGUCAACAAAGAAACUCUGCAGCAUACAUGUUUUCCAAAUAUAUUUGGCAUUGGAGAUUGUACAAAUGUUCCCACCUCUAAAACUGCUGCCGCUAUUGCUGGCCAGUGUGGAGUUUUGCGUAAAAACCUGAGCCUAGCAAUGGCAGGUAAACUGCCAGCUAGUCUCUAUGAUGGCUACACUUCUUGUCCACUUGUAACUGGUUAUUCAAAGUGCAUUAUGGCAGAGUUUGAUAUGAAUGGGAACCCAUUGGAGACUUUUCCCAUCAAUCAAGCAAAGGAACGACGCCUUAUGUUUCAUCUUAAAAAGGAUAUGAUGCCACAUAUGUACUGGAUUGGACUGCUGAAUGGAUAUUGGGAGGGACCAAAAUAUCUGCGCAAGCUGAUGCACUUGGGACUAAAGUAAGAUUUUGUCAAGGUUGCAAAUUUUUAAGGCUUAUACUGAAUUUUAGUAAUGAAUUUGGUAUAAAGUCAAAAUAUUGACUAAAGCAUACCAUAGUCUUAUUAAAGUUCAGUAUUAAUGAGGUUAGAGUUCUCUAUGACCAGUGUUAUGUUAUUUGUACUAUUUUAGAGGCAUAAGAGUGUAAAUAAAGACUAGAUACCCCACAAA